UACGUCACCAACGCGUCAUCAACAUUUGUAGAUCACCUGGUCCUGCUUUAGCAGAGCUGUUGUCGUUGAAGACUUGUAGCGAAUGCUCGGAAUAGCUCUCCUUCAUUGAACAAUAUGGAUUUGAUACGAGAAGUUGUCAGCACCCCAUACGCAUUUCCUGCGGGAAUCGUCGCAUUAGUGAUAAGCUGUGCUAUCCUAGUGUUUGUUUUCGGUUUCAAAUCCGCCGAAGAACCACCUUUUGAUCAACUUUCCUUUGCAAACGACGACCGGAAACCAGCUGGCAAGAAGCGCAAGCUGAAGGACAAGAAAUCCCAAUCAAAUGGCCAUGCUACAUCAGUGAAAGAUAAAACGACUAAACCCAGUGCUGAAGUUGAGUCUCCCAAGACCUCAAAGCAAACCCCCAAGCAACAACCCAAGGAAGUUCAAAAGGAACAGACCAAGAAGAAGGAACCUGCUCCCCAACAGCAGAAGGAAAAGGUAGCCUCUAAUAAGAAGCCAUCAACAACUGCUCCUAAACAGACUACCCCCAAGAAAUCUACACAGGAAGCCCAGAAAAAAGCCAAAAAGCAAGAGAAGGUAGAUGAUGGUGAUGGCUGGGAACAAGUCGGUAAGAAAAAUAGGAAGGGUACACCUCCAGUUAUUCAGGAUGAUAAAGAGAAAAGUACGUCCACUUCUCCAACAAAAGAAAAGAAGGGAAAGAAAGCAGUUGAAGCUGAAAAGACAACACCAGCUGUUGAAGUGAAGGAUUCCUCGCCUAAAGGAAUUAAGGAAAAGGUAGUAGUUGAAGUAAAGGAGACAUCUCCAAAGGUCUCCAAGGACAAGGCUCCCGCUCCAGUUGUAGAGAAGGCAGCAGCCGUCAAAGACAUCCCCAAUGACAGCCCUAAAAAGGCUCCCUUGACAAAAGACAACUCAAAAAGCCCUGAAAAGAAAGCUGCUCCUGCUAAAGUUGUAGAACCAGAGCCUCAACCAUCUGAGUUCAAGACAGAGGAGAAAAAAGAAAAGAAAAAGAAACCAGCAGAACCAGAGCCUCAACCUGAGUUCAAGGUAGAGGAGAAAAAGGAAAAGAAAAAGAAACCAGCAGAAUCUGCUUCUUUCAUUGAAAGUGAAAAGUCUGCUAUUAAAGAUGAAGGCAAGGUUGCUGUACAGGAUAACAAAGUGGAUGGCGCAGUUUUUGAUGAGCUUGGAGAUGUCUGGACUGAGAAAACCGCAAAGAAGGGAAAGAAAAAGGUGCGCAAGGAAUAAAUGGUUCUUGAAGAAUUUUAUCAUCUUGCAAAAUUGAGGGACUUUUUGUCCUCAAUUUGAGUGGCUGUGCUCUGGAAUACUUAUUUUGGCAAUAUUGAUCCAGGGUGCCCCCAAGCCAUUUCAGGCCAAAAAACGCUGUGACUCCUGUGGUGCAAUAUGACUAUAUUGUUACUUUUAUUUCUCACCCUCACCUUUUUUAUUUAUUGUUCUAAGAGUUUGUUGUUACGAGCAAUGGUUGAACAACAGAGGGGCAACAGAUUAUGUUUAUGUAACUUUCCGUGAAAAUGGUGAGGUGGUGUGAGCGACUUCUUGAGAUAAAGCAUCUACAAACAAGUCAUUGACCCAUUUUUAUUCUGGCCAUUUGCUUCUAGCAUGUUACUGAAUUCUAUAAAUAUGUGUGUUUUGUCAGCAUAUGAUUGACUCCUAUGUCACAUAUCUAAAGAAGUUUUUAAAAAAUGAGUAAUUUACUUGCCUAGUAUAUGGAUCUCAAGUACAUGAACAUGAAAGUUAAAGUAUAAGGCUGAGUUCACUAAGGAUUUUUUUGUGUGUGUGCAUGGGGUGUGUAUUUUAGGAGCUUUUGGCUAAUUAGAAGAAAAUUAUAUUUAUUGAAUAUUAUCUUAAAAUAUGUAAUGUGAAGAAGAGACAUUAGUUAUAUAUUUAUUCUCUAGCCAUAAUUCGAUUUCUCUCUGGGUGUAUUUGUAUUGCUGUAAUCUUCAAAGCAGUGAGACGAGGACCACUCCUUUAUUUCUUACUUGUGGAUGCUCGGGUAUUAAAUUUUGUUAGGACUGUAACAUAGAGGAUAUCUUCCUCCAUCUCACCAUCCCAAUAUCGCUUUCCUUGUGUUGGCAUGUGAGUGUACAUGUCUUUGGUCUUUCCUUUUGUUUUGUUUUGCUCAAUUCAUCAGGACCUUUGUUUCUGUUGUUAAGAGUAAGGAACUGUGAUACUGUGUUAUUGAAGUCCUCAAUGCUGAAAUUGUAAUAUUGUGCUUUGUUCAUUUCUGACCUUUCAGCUUUAAUAAUGAUAACCUUCCAAAUAUUCCAAUCAUAUGGAGAGGCUCCCAUUAAGACUGAUUUCAAUGGCCAAUUUAUUUUCUAUAAUGCUCUAAAUUGUUAUUAUUACUAACUAAAGUGCUAACUGUUAUCUGUGUUUCUUAGUGUGGCAAUCCCUAGAUUCAAGCAUUUUUCUGAACAUAGACCAGAUCAAAAGAUGUGAAAAAUUACAUGUUAAGGACUGAAUCUUCGUUACUUAUUUAUUGUGGAUGGGCCAAUUCUAAGAACAGUACGCUUUCAAAAGUUUAUUUUUUCUAAAUUCAUGGGCUGUAUAUUUGUUGAGCUUUUACGAAAUUGCUUGCCUUCGAUAAUAUUUAUAUUUCAAUAGUUUUGGAUGAGCUGGAGCUGGUACUCCUUGGUUGAAAAUCUGUUUGUGUUGUUUCACUAGCCUGACAAAGAUUCUUUGGGUGUUAACACAGCACUUUAUUCUUACCCUAUUUUGCUUUUGAUCUUAUUUUCAAACUGUUUUUUUUUUCUUUUUUCUUUUUUUGUCAUGGUUAACUUGAUAGAUAAUAGCUCUUGUAAUAAAGUUUCAUUUAAUCUCAUGAGUUUGGGCCAGAUUUUUGCUAUUGGUUUGUCAGUUGUGUGCUAAGCUUCACUAGAUGAUCAGUUACCUAGAAGCGAUGUGUGUGAUCUUCAUUCAUGCCCUUUAGUUUGUUGACCAAGGUUAGGAAAGCAUUAUACUUUCUCCUGUUUGGUAAAGCUCAAAAGCAUUGUUGCUUGGUAGACAAGUUCAUAAAACACUGUGGCAGCUUCAUGAUCACAGAAAGUAACCAUACCAUGUGGUACAAAGGGAAAAAAAAUUGAAAUUUUGAGGUGUGGUGUGUACUCAUGGUCAGAUGAUAAUUUGUCCUGUCAACUGCAUAAUUUCUUGUAAUAAAGUGCUCCAUUUUUUAACGUGUCAUGUGGAAAAUUUGGUUUAAUAGUAUCAUUUAAUAAGCUUUGGUAAAGUGAUGAACAAAUGCUCAUACUCCCUCUUGCUAGAGUUUUUAUUUUAUGCUUGAGGCAGAUUAUAUUAUCUUAUCAGCUAAGGUUGCUUAUCAUUAUUGAGGAUUCAAAGGGUGAAAAUUUAUUUUUGUGCUGUGCAAUUUAUGUACAUAUUGCAGUCUUAAUGUAAUGUGCUUAAUCUUGAAUGUUAGCAGUGUUCUUGUAAAUAAAUGAAGAAGCAUGCCAUUCCAUAGCAGGUGUGAAGCGUACCUACUAAUGCAAUUUAGACUUGGUGCAAACUUCGUAGGUUUAAGGACAGUUAUGUGCAAUAUAUUUUUCCUGUUUUUUUUUUUUAUUUAUUGUUUUGUGAAAAAAGAUUGCAUAUUUGCAUAGGAGUAUAAAGUGUGAUCUGUAGAAUUUUUCUUUUUCUCCUUUGCUUUAGUUGCAAACUUUAAGAACCUACUAAAAUGUAUUAAAUGCACUCCAAUAUUGACACUUUAGAACUUUAGAUAUUGGUUUCAUCAAAAUGUAUCCCAUACUAAAAAUUAUUAUUAUGCCUUGAGUUUAUUGGUAAGAUGAUUGCCUCUGCAUAAGCAGUAUUGUUUAUAGAACUUUAUUGAACCUGAAACUGGCAACAUUCUGAUAGAUGUGUCAGAUACUUUACUUUAGCUCUACAAUCUGUGGAGAAUAUGUUAGGAUCAUUGCUCUCCUUUACAUAACAAAUACAAGAAAUUUUGUGCUUGUCUUUUUGUUUAGUAUGUGUGUUUUGGGUGUUCGGUUUUAACUUUUUGUGUGCAAUCUGUUAAGUUUAGGUAUAGAAAUUCAAGUUUUCUUAUGUUUGAUUUGAUUUUGCCUAUCUUUCUUAACUCUCAUUUUUAUUUUUUUAAUUUCUUGUAAUUCCUACAAUUUGAAGCUUUAAUCUAUGUUUCUAAACCCCUUUCUUUGAAAAAUGUUAUUUUUUUCUUACAAUUGCUUUGUACAAUUUGCGUAUAACUGCCCUGACAGUUAAUUCUAUCUCAGUGUUAUUGGUUAUCUCAGCUAUGUAACAGAAGAGUGAGCAACAAUCCCUAAUAGAUUCAUCACAGAUGAAAAACAUUGAUUUGCUGUGAAGCUUGGGUUUUAUGUUAUAUUGUUUAAAUAUGUUGGUGGUUGUUUAAGUUUAGUAGAUUGCAUUUUGUUUUCUCAGUUAUUGUUUUGAAAAUGCCAUGAUUAUAGUGUACAAAGCUUUUCACUAGAUCGUUUCUGUGCAGUUUUGUUUUUUAUUGCUUGUAUUCUGUCCUGGGCUUUUUAUUGCAUUUGUCUUUAAAAACAAAUUUUAGCUUGAAUAUGGUGUGCUAGUCAGUGAAGAUUCUGCUCACCUUUUAAACUAUGAUUUAAAUGUGUUUCCAUUCAAUUGUCUGAGAGUUUUGAUUCAGCCAGCUGCCCAUUUAAGACAUUAUUGUUGGAAACAUUCAAAAACAAUCAUAGAAUUGUGGGAGACUCUUGCCAUUCCUUCUGUGUGUUGCAUGUUUCAAACUUCUUUUACUUCUUCAAGUUUCCUUAUUUAAGAAUAUCACCUCAGAAGCAAUUUUAUAGCACCAUCAUUACUGUUGGGGUUGCAACACUUUCAUUUGACAUUUUAUUAUCAAAAAUUUGUCUUGUCUUGUGAUAGCUUAUUUUGCUGCUUGUGUCGCCUAGAGUUAUAAAAAUUUGAAGGUAAAAUCAGUUGGUACUGAAAACUUCUAAGACUUGUUUCCUCCUGUCGUUUUGUUUACUGUAUUUCUUUCUCUGUAACAUAUCAAAUAUAUAUAGUAUGUAUGUUAUUGCCUUUGCUAAUCAAUCAUUAAGUGGCAAUUGGCACACUGCUAUAUAUUGCCCUGUAAGCAAGAUUUCAAAGUCUGAAUCUUACGGAACGACUGUCCAAGAGUGGUUGUGUUGAAAUGUACAUUGUAAAUCUGUCGGUUUGGCUAAUUACCGAAAUUUAUUGGGUCUAUGCUAUUUUUAACAAUGUUUCAGAAUUGCAUCAGUAAUUAAAUAAUGACAAAAGGAAA